CUUUCAAGAGGUGGCUGUGUAUUUCUCCCAGGGGGAGUGGGCCCUGCUGCGCCCAGCCCAGAGAGCUCUCUACAAGGAAGUCAUGCUGGAGAAUUUUGGGAACGUGGCCUCUAUGGGACCUCCGAUUGCCAAACCCGACCUCAUAUCUUGGCUGGAAGAGGAGGAAGAGCUGUAUCUCCAGAACUCUGAUGACAAGGAGAGAUUGGCAGGAAAUGGUGUGUGGGAAUCAGCAAAUGAAAUGAAAGAGCAUCUGGAAACGGAGAAAGAGGAUAGCUAUCCACAUGUGAAAGAGAAUGUUGAAUAUUGUGAUGCACAGAUAAAGAAGGAGGGGCAACAACCAGAUAAAGAAAUGAAUAAUUCUGGUCAUUUACAACGUGAUUAUUGUCUGCUGCAAAAACUAUACAAAGAAAACAAUUGGAACAAGCAUACUGUAAUUGGGGAAAUCUUUCCUGAAAAAUCAGAUAUUAAUAUACAAUGGAACAGGUAUAACAGAAAGAAAAUAUAUAAAUGUCUAAUGUGUGGGAAAAGUUUCAGUCAGAGGGGAAACCUUACCUUGCAUCAAAGAAUUCACACAGGGGAGAAACCAUAUAAAUGUCUGGAGUGUGGAAAGAGCUUUACUCAGAGUGGACACCUUACUUUUCAUCAAAGAAUUCACACAGGGGAGAAACCAUAUAAAUGCCUGGAGUGUGGGAAAAACUUCAGUCAGAGUGGACACCUUACUUCACAUCAACGAACUCACGUAGGAGAGAAAAAAUAUAAAUGCCUCAAGUGUGGAAAAAACUUCAAGAAGAGUGGAAAACUUAUCAUUCAUCAGAGAAUUCACACAGGGGAGAAACCAUAUAAAUGCCUGGUGUGUGGAAAAUGCUUCAGUACAAGUGGAAAACUCAAGUCCCAUCAAAGAAUUCACACAGGAGUGAAACCAUAUAAAUGCUUGGAGUGUGGAAAAGGCUUCAGUAAGAGUGGAAACCUAAAUUCCCAUCAGAGAAUUCACACAGGGGAGAAACCAUAUAAAUGCUUGGUGUGUGGAAAAAACUUCAGGGAGAGCGGAGCUCUUACUGUCCAUCAAAGAAUUCACACAGGGGAGAAACCAUAUAAAUGCCUGGAAUGUGGAAAAAGCUUCAGUGAGAGUGGAAGCCUUACUUUCCAUCAAAGAAUUCACACAGGGGAGAAACCAUAUAAAUGCCUGGAGUGUGGAAAAGGCUUCAGUCAGAGUGGAAAACUCAAGUCGCAUCAACGAACUCACACAGGGGAAAAACCAUAUAAGUGUCUGGAAUGUGGGAAAAGUGUCAGAUAUAGAGGAAGUCUUACUCGCCAUCAAAGAAUUCACACAGGGGAGAAACCAUACAAAAGACUCGAGCGUGGAAAAGGCUUCAGUAAGAGUGGAAACCUUAAAUCCCAUCAACAAACUCAAACUGGGGAAAAACCAUAUAAAUGCUUGGAAUGUGGAAAAGGCUUCAGUAAGAGUGGAAAUCUUAAUUCCCAUCAACGAACCCACACAGGGGAGAAACCAUAUAAAUGCUUGGAGUGUGGAAAAUGCUUCAGAGAGAGUGGGAAACUUACUAUCCAUCAAAGAAUUCACACAGGAGAGAAGCCAUAUAAAUGUCUGGAGUGUGGAAAAGGCUUCAGGGAGAGUGGGAAACUUACUAUCCAUCAAAGAAUUCACACUGGAGAGAAACCAUAUAAAUGCCUGGAAUGUGGGAAAAGCUUUCUGCGUAAAGAUAUCUUAGCUUGCCAUCAAAGAAUUCACACAGGAGAGAAACCAUAUGAAUGUCUAGAGUGUGGAAAAACCUUUACUCAGAAAUCACAACUUAAUCUCCAUCAGAGGUGUCACACAAGGGUAAAACCAUAUAAAUGUCUGGAGUGUGGAAGAAGCUUCAGUUACACUGGAAACCUUUCUGCCCAUCAAAGAAUUCACACAGGGGAGAAACCAUAUAAAUGUCAGGAAUGUGGAAAAAGCUUCACUCAGACAGCACAUCUUAAUUUCCAUCAAAGAUUUCAUACAGGGGAGAAACCAUAUAAAUGCCUGGAGUGUGGAAAAAGCUUUAGUCGCAGUGGAAACCUUACUAACCAUCAAAAAAUUCAUUCGGGAGAGAAACCGUAUAAAUGCCUGGAAUGUGGAAAAAGCUUCAGUGAGACUGGCGGUCUUAAUUAUCAUCAAAGAACUCACACAGGUGACAAACCAUAUAAAUGCCUUGAGUGUGGAAAAAACUUCCGUAGUAUUGGAAGCCUUAAUUCCCAUCAAAGAAUUCACACAGGGGAGAAACCUUAUAAAUGCAUACAGUGUGGAGAAAGCUUCCGUCGCCGUGGAACCCUUGUUAUCCAUCAAAGAAUUCAUUCAGGGGUGAAGCCAUAUAAAUGCCAUGAGUGUGGAAAAAGCUUUAGAGAGAGUGGACAUCUUACUCGCCAUCAAAGAAUUCACACAGGAAAGAAAAAAUACAAAUGCUUGGAGUGUGGAAAAGGCUUUACUCAGAGUGGGCACCUUACUUCCCAUCGAGGAAUUCACACUAAGGAAAAGCCUUAUAAAUGCCUAGAGUGUGGAAAAGGCUUUUGUAACAGUGGAAGCUUUACUUCCCAUCAAAAGAUACACACAGGAGAGAAACCAUAUAAAUGUCUGCAGUGUGGAAAAGGCUUCAUUGAGAAAGCAAAACUUAUACGCCAUCAAAGGAUUCACACAGGAAACAAGCCAUAUAAAUGUCUGGAGUGUGGAAAAAGCUUCAAUGAGAAAGGAAAUCUUACUGUUCAUCAAAGAAUACAUACAGGGGAGAAACCAUAUAAAUGCAUGGAGUGUGGAAAGAGCUUCAUUGAGAGUGGAAACCUUACUAGCCAUCAAAGAAUUCACACAAGGGAAAAACCAUAUAAAUGUCAGGAGUGUGGAAAAAGCUUCAGUUGCAGUGGAACCCUUAAAUCCCAUCAAAAGAUUCACAAAAGAGAGAAACAAUAGAAAUGCUUGGAUUGGAUCCCUAUGGAAAUUCUGGAGGGGUGGGGAAACAACACCUCGGACUUUUCAAAACCCAGGUUGCAGAGUGUUCAUACCAGAAUCCCUAGCAAAACUUUCCAAUCAUUAUAAUGCCUGAUGAUGGCCCUUUGAGUGGCAGGAAUGGGCGUAGCCAAACCUCAGUGUGAAAGGAACCACAAGACCCUCUCCCAUUUGAGCACAAGAGGACAGAGAGGAAAGACCCAGUGGCUGCACAACCACAAGAGGCCCAAGGUGUAAACCUCAGAGAUAAGUAUAGUGUUGCCAACCUCCAGUUGGGACCUGGAGUUCUUCUUGAGUUAUACUUGAUCGCCAGCCCAUAGCAGACAUGGCAGCUUCACAGGGCAGAUCCUAUGGCAUUACUUCAUUCUUGAAUUCCUUCCCCUCACUCCAAGCAC